UGGUCGGGGGGAAGGUUCUAGAAAAGCGGCGGCAGCGGCUCUAGCGGCAGUAGCAGCAGCGCCGGCUCCCGUGUGGAGGUGCUCUUAGCGGUGUUGUUUCUCGAGCAGCAGCAGCUCUCACUACAGCGCCAGGACGAGUCCGGUUCGUGUUCGUCCGCGGAGAUCUCUCUCAUCUCGCUCGGCUGCGGGAAAUCGGGCUGAGGCGACUGAGUCCGCGAUGGAGAAAACUUUAGAAACUGUUCCUUUGGAGAGGAAAAAGAGAGAAAAGGAACAGUUCCGUAAACUUUUUAUUGGUGGCUUGAGCUUUGAAACCACAGAAGAAAGUUUGAGGAACUACUACGAGCAAUGGGGGAAACUUACAGACUGUGUGGUCAUGAGAGAUCCUGCAAGCAAAAGAUCAAGAGGAUUUGGUUUUGUAACUUUUUCGUCCAUGGCUGAGGUUGAUGCUGCCAUGGCUGCAAGACCUCAUUCAAUUGAUGGGAGAGUGGUUGAGCCAAAACGUGCUGUUGCAAGAGAGGAAUCUGGAAAGCCAGGGGCUCACGUAACUGUGAAGAAGCUGUUUGUUGGUGGAAUUAAAGAAGAUACUGAGGAACAUCAUCUUAGAGAUUACUUCGAAGAGUAUGGAAAGAUUGAUACCAUUGAGAUAAUUACUGAUAGGCAGUCUGGAAAGAAAAGAGGCUUUGGAUUUGUUACCUUUGAUGAUCAUGAUCCCGUGGAUAAGAUUGUGUUGCAGAAAUAUCAUACCAUCAAUGGUCAUAAUGCAGAAGUAAGAAAGGCUUUGUCUAGACAAGAAAUGCAGGAAGUCCAGAGUUCUAGAAGUGGAAGAGGAGGCAACUUCGGUUUUGGAGAUUCUCGUGGUGGUGGUGGAAAUUUUGGACCAGGCCCGGGAAGUAACUUUAGAGGAGGAUCUGAUGGAUAUGGAAGUGGUCGCGGAUUUGGGGAUGGCUAUAAUGGGUAUGGAGGAGGACCUGGAGGUGGCAAUUUUGGAGGUAGCCCUGGUUAUGGAGGAGGAAGAGGAGGAUAUGGUGGUGGAGGACCUGGAUAUGGCAACCAGGGUGGGGGCUACGGAGGUGGUUAUGACAACUAUGGAGGAGGAAAUUACGGAAGUGGAAAUUACAAUGAUUUUGGAAAUUAUAACCAGCAACCUUCUAACUAUGGUCCAAUGAAGAGUGGAAACUUUGGUGGUAGCAGGAACAUGGGGGGACCAUAUGGUGGAGGAAACUAUGGUCCUGGAGGCAGUGGAGGAAGUGGGGGUUAUGGAGGGAGAAGCCGAUAUUGAGCUUCUUCCUAUUUGCCAUGGGCUUCACUGUAUAAAUAGGAGAGGAUGAGAGCCCAGAGGUAACAGAACAGCUUCAGGUUAUCGAAAUAACAAUGUUAAGGAAACUCUUAUCUCAGUCAUGCAUAAAUAUGCAGUGAUAUGGCAGAAGACACCAGAGCAGAUGCAGAGAGCCAUUUUGUGAAUGGAUUGGAUUAUUUAAUAACAUUACCUUACUGUGGAGGAAGGAUUGUAAAAAAAAAAAAUGCCUUUGAGACAGUUUCUUAGCUUUUUAAUUGUUGUUUCUUUCUAGUGGUCUUUGUAAGAGUGUAGAAGCAUUCCUUCUUUGAUAAUGUUAAAUUUGUAAGUUUCAGGUGACAUGUGAAACCUUUUUUAAGAUUUUUCUCAAAGUUUUGAAAAGCUAUUAGCCAGGAUCAUGGUGUAAUAAGACAUAACGUUUUUCCUUUAAAAAAAUUUAAGUGCGUGUGUAGAGUUAAGAAGCUGUUGUACAUUUAUGAUUUAAUAAAAUAAUUCUAAAGGAAA